AUGGGCAAAAAAUCGGGGAAGCACAAGGCAAACACCGGUAACGACUUGCAGCUGCCUCGUCCUGCGGAGCAGGUCCGAUUCCUCUACCAGCCGGCGCUGCCGGGCGGCGACGAGGCGAGCACGCUGAACAAGCUUGCCGAGCGCGCCGGGGAGAGCACAGCGAGCUGGAAGGCCAAGAUAGAAAGCCGCGUGCUGCAGCUGAACGCUGCCGUGCACGAAGAGGCGGCCGCCCUCGUAGGCCGGCAGCCCGAGCCGUACACCGUUAGACACAGCUUCACGAAGUUCAGCGGGCUCAGCAACCGCGCUGCGAAGCGUGCCGGGCUGCUGUCCGUGGGGCCGGAGGUCGACUUCGAGCACGCCCAGGUGCUGCGCACGCUCUGGCAGGAGUACAUCGCGGACGUGCUCGGCAAGCACAGCGCGCCGGCGCACGUCGCACGCAACCUCGCGCUGUGCGACCUGCACGGCGCGUACGUAGAGGUCGUCGGCAGCGCCUGCGCCGCCUACGCCUUCUACAUCGUCAGGAGCGACUCGAGGGUGGCGCUGGUGCUCAAGGAGGGCACGGUGUUCGCCCUCGAGUGGGACCGCUGGAAGUUCCACAUCCACGGGGCGCACCUCGCGGCCACCCCGGCGCAGCGCAGCAAGCGCAAACUCAAGGCGAAGGCAAAACUCUGA